AUGGCCAUCCACUACCUGAUCCUGCUCUCGCGGCAGGGCAAAGUCAGGCUCGCAAAGUGGUUUACCACCCUAUCGCCGAGGGAGAAGGCCAAGAUAAUUAAAGAUGUCUCGCAGCUGGUGCUGGCACGGCGGACGAGGAUGUGCAACUUCCUGGAAUACAAAGACUCCAAAAUUGUCUAUCGACGUUACGCGUCCUUGUUUUUCAUCGCCGGUUGUGCUUCUACAGACAAUGAACUCAUCACUCUGGAGAUUGUCCACCGAUACGUUGAGCAGAUGGACAAGUAUUAUGGGAAUGUCUGCGAGUUGGAUAUCAUAUUCAACUUCCAAAAGGCGUAUUUCAUCCUAGAUGAAUUGCUGUUGGCAGGAGAGAUGCAGGAGAGUAGCAAGAAGAAUGUGCUAAGGGUUAUAUCGGCGCAGGAUUCGAUAGAGGAUACAGAGGUAGAUGAAGAGGUUACAAAGAUUAUGUGA